AUGGGCAGACUACAAGAGGCUUACUUGUUCUGCGAGGCGAGUUCAACAUCGAUGCAGAGGGAUAAGACCGGAACAAAGAAACGCAGAAGCAGCGGCGACGGCGGCCCUGGAGGCCGCAGUCCCGGUCCUGGCUUCGGCCCCAGCCCCACCGUGGUGACGCUCGCUGUGCUGCUGCUGCUCUGGGCCACGGUCUCGGGCUACUUUGUCAGCAUCGACGCGCAUGCUGAGGAGUGCUUCUUCGAGCGGGUCACCCCGGGCACCAAGAUGGGCCUCAUCUUCGAGGUGGCCGAGGGCGGCUUCCUGGACAUCGACGUGGAGAUUGCAGGGCCUGAUAAUAAAGGAAUUUUUAAAGGAGACCGGGAGUCCAGUGGGAAAUACACCUUUGCUGCUCACAUGGAUGGAACAUUUAAGUUUUGUUUUAGUGGUAGGAUGUCCACCAUGACUCCAAAGACAGUGAUGUUCACCAUUGAUAUUGGGGAGGCCCCCAAAGGACAAGACAUGGAAACAGAAGCUCACCAGAACAAGCUAGAAGAAAUGAUUAAUGAGCUCACAGUGGCGAUGACAACUGUAAAGCAUGAACAGGAAUACAUGGAAGUUUGGGAGAGAAUACACAGGGCAAUCAAUGACAACACAAACAGCAGAGUGGUCCUUUGGUCCUUCUUUGAAGCUCUUGUUCUAGUUGCCAUGACAUUGGGACAGAUCUACUACCUGAAGAGAUUUUUUGAAGUCUGGAGGGUUGUUUAAAAAAGCCUUUUCCUGAUGAUCCCGAACUCAUAAUUCACUGUUUACCAAGUGUCUUGGUCAUAAUAAUGUCAUUAGUUUCAACGUUUUUAUUUUCUAAACUGUACAUUCACAGCUUCUGUUUCUUUGUGAUUAAUAGAUAUUGGGGGAAAACACAUUUUUAGGAAAGUUAUAGUGAAAAUUUGACAUUUGAUUGGCAUGAUUUCAUAUUUGAAUUCUUCCUCCAUUAUACAGGUCCUUCCAGAA